CUGAGGAGCUCAAGACUGUGGUGGCCCUCGAUCUGGUCCCGGCAUUUCCAACCAAGACACGCAUCUGGUCCCUUGCCCCUAGCUUAUCAGUGAGUGAUGCUGGUGAGCUGACUACGCUUCAUACACAGGUGGGACCACUAAGGACCAGGGUAGCGAUUGAAAGCCUAGGUUAGAAGCACUAGGGGAGAACUAGACACCAGACCGCCUCAUUCAGCCGACUGGCCUUGUUCGCCUCCACGGUCUUCCUUCCCGCCUUCACUCAUACAACGAGCGCGCACGACGUUUCACAACUUCGCGCUUGCGAAGACGCGAAGCGUGGGAGCUCAAUCGAAUACGAGGACGCGGGCGGGCAUCUCCCGAGCCUGAACUGGAGGGGAAAAAAUCACCACGAUUCUAAUCCCAGUCUAUAGAGACAUUGGUUUUAUAAGCUAAGCUCCAAUGUGGUUCCUGCGCCAAGGAGCGUCGCCGGCUUUCCGGCUCGGCGCGCAGCUCCCUCCUGCAGCCGUGCUGCUGCUAUUACUGUCGCUGCAGAUUCUAGGGUUGUGGACCUCCGAAGUUGCCGCGCGAACGGUGCACAAAUGGGAUGUGGAUGCGCUGGUGGCAUUGCGCAAGGCGUGGGGCAGCCCGGCAUCCCUCCAGACGUGGCAGGGGGAGGAUCCGUGUGCGGGACAAUGGAGGGGCGUUACAUGCACGGAGCGCACGGCAGACAGCUCCGAAAAGAUCUACGUCAAAGCGCUAGAGCUCUCCAACCUGCGUCUGUCAGGCCCGCUGUCAACCAAGCUGGGAAAGCUCCUGAAGAUAGAAAAGAUUGAUCUAUCAAACAACCGCUUCUUUGGUUCGAUCCCCAGGACGAUUGAGAAUCUUCGGGGCCUACAGCACCUGGACCUGUCAUUCAACAUGCUAUCCAGCAACAUUCCAACAAGAAUCAAGUUCUGCCAGCAGCUCACAUUCCUCGACCUGUCAGCCAACGACUUAAACGGCACCAUACCUGGCAGCCUAGCCAGGCUCACCAACCUGCUCUCGCUCAACCUGGGCACCAACGAGAAUUUCAACAGCACCUUCCCGCCGGCUCUCACUGCGCUGACCACCCUGCAAGACCUCACACUGAGCGAGUGCAAGCUCAAGGGCGAGAUCCCAGCAGACAUUGGCAACCUCGUCGGACUCACAAAACUAGCGCUGGAGGAGAACAACCUGGAAGGGUCCAUUCCAGACUCCGUCACUCAGCUCACCAACCUGCAGCACCUCUCCAUGAGCUUCAACCAUCUCAACGACACAGUGCCGGAAGGGAUCGGGGCGUGCACUGCUCUCACCACUCUCAUGUUGGAUCACAACAACCUCACUGGCAAGGUGCCCCCCGCUAUAGCGACUCUACCCAAGCUCACGUACCUGCGCAUGCAGUACAACCAGUUCUAUGGCGCGCUGGGGUUGGAAUUCAAAGAGCACCUCAAUGCUUUCAAGAACAACCCGCAGCUCUGUGUCAUGUUCACAAGAGACGGCCGGUGCCGCCCGGUGCCAAUGGACCCGCCGCCCCUGCCGCCCGUGAACAGUAUCGUGCGCAAGCCGUGCGCGGUGGGGCAGGUGCAGCUGUGCCACUGCGACAACGGGUGGCCAGGAGAGAGCGUGUGCCUGCCUGGAGAAGGAUACGCCCCGUGCCAGUGCCGCGAACAGCAUUUUGACGCACAGGGAGAUGAUGACCUCUCCCCCGCCUGGAUAGUGGCUCUCUCUCUCCUGGGUGCUAUUAUGCUCACUGCUCUCUUCGUAUCGUGUGUCUGGUGCAUCCGCAACCGCAUGCACCAGAAGAAGACCGGGCAGACAGGGGGGUGGGGCUGGGGCGCCACCAGCAAGGCCAGGGCCUACCAGCACCUGUCGAUGCCCACCACCAGCACAUUCUCCCAGGCGCUAGACCCCGACGAUGCCUACAACGUGGCAGCAGGGGUGCACCCUGCCUCCACUGCAGCUGCUGCUGCCUCCUCUGGCAUCUCUCCCGCCUCCUCCCCCUCGCCCUCUGCUGCCAUGGCGUUUGCCAUGAAGUUUGGGCGCUCCAUGAGCGUCGGUCAAUCGCUCACUCUCAAGCCGUUCUCGCUUGAGGAGCUGCAGCUCGCCACAGGCAACUUCUCCCCAGAAAACAUCUUGGCCCAGAGAGAGCACAGUCUGCUCACCUACAGGGGCGUGCUCCCAGAUCAGAGCUUCAUCGCUGUCUCCCAGGUGGACGUGCUCAGCUCAGAGCCCAAGGAGACCUUUGCAGCGGCGCUGGACGUGUUUGGCCGCAUGCAGGCAGCGGGAGCGGCAGGGGGCGGGGGAGUCGGCGGUAGCGGUGGUGCUGCUGGAAGCAUGCUGCUGAAAGUGCUGGGGUUCUGCCCGGACUACCUGAGAGGCAGUCGCAUGAUCGUGUACUCGCUGCCGCCUGGCGCUGCCACCCUGGAGACGUACUUGCACGACACACUGGACCGCGUGCUGCCAUGGAACGUGCGUGUGGCCAUCGCUAGAGAUGUGGCGGAGGGCUUGCACUUCCUGCACUCCCUCAACCCCCAGAUGUCCCAUCAGGACCUCACAUCCACGUCAGUGGUGGUGGCGCAAGACUCAUCCGCCUAUCUCUCCGACUACUGCCUGCACUCCCUCGAGCUCCUCGCAUCCAAGCCGUCUGCCAUGCCUGCUUCAUCCGUGGCUCUGGCAGCGGGGGCUGUAGCACCGGAGCUGGCGUGGGUGCAUGAGAGCACGGCGCGCACUGACAUGUACGCCAUGGGGGUGCUGCUGCUGGAGCUGAUAACCGGGAGGAGGCCGCUCGACCCCUCCCUUCCGCCCAACGAGCAGUCGCUCGUGCGCUGGGCCAAGCCAAAGCUCAUCGACAGGGCUCAGGUGGAGAAGAUGGUGGAUCCGAAGCUGCAGGGGAGGUUCGCCCUGCCGGCCCUGGUGGAGAUGGUGAAUCUGGCCUCGCGCUGCCUGCUGCCGGACCCCGAGGUGCGGCCGACCGCAGCGGUGGUGGUGGAGACGCUCGAUGCGCUCGUGGUGCCGGGCGCUGGGGAGGAGUUCAGCAAUGGCAGCAGCAGUGGGGUCUACUCACACCGCAAGGAUUUGUAAUUUAUCUCAUAAACAAGGCUCUCUCUAGUCCACCCUUCCGAAUACCAACUGCAACCAUCCAUGGAUGAUGCACAUGGACAAGGUUUUUCCUUCUUGCCACAUUUUCGAGUGACAUACUCUGGCAAACUUGCGAAUUCACCAAGUUUUGGGGGUGGGUCAUGUAGGACUGCAAGAAUUGUGUAGCCUCGUUGAACAUUCUUGGUUUGGAUAAUUCUGGAAAUAAAUAAAAAAGGAGUGCACUGGGAACCGUGUACCGUUAUGU